AUGCCCCUCGUCGUCCCCGGCAUAACCUCCAAUCCCAAGGACGCCACCGGGGAAUGGAUGAACAAGCUGAUGGGCAAGAGACUGGGCGAGACGAGCAACGAGACGCACUUCGCCGAGAAGGACCUGCCGCAGAACCAUCGCGUCGUCCAGGAGGGCAUGAUGAUGACCAUGGACCACAAUCCCGACCGGCUGAACAUCCACGUCGACAAGGACGGAACAGUUAAGAAGGUGACGCACGGAUAG